AUGGAAUAUAAUAACUUGAAAGAAAAGGGAAUAGUUGUUGAUAUUGAGAGUGGUGGGACAAGUAGUGACGAUGAUACGGGAAGUGAUUCUGUAUUGGGCAAGAAACAGGCUAAAGAAUUGUUGAAGAAGAUUGGUAGUAGUUCAUUGGGAUUUAAUGGAUCGUCUGAAGUUGAGGCUAGCCUUAAAUCAAAGGCUGUUUUGGGAGAACCGGGCGAGGAGUCGCAUGAAAGUGUAAGGUUGUUGAUAGAAAAGAGUCCGGGUGGACUACAAAAUCAAGAUCUUAUGCCGGUUGUGGAGAAGAGACAUGAAAAAGAGCGGUCAAAGAUUGGAAAAUCUAAAAAGGCUUCCAAGCCUCCACGGCCUCCUAAAGGUCCAACCUUGGAUGCUGUUGAUAUGAGGCUGGUGAAAGAGAUUUCUGUGCUUGCCACGAAGAAGCGUGAAAGAAUUGAACGCAUGAAAGCAUUGAAGAAGAUGAAAGCAGCCAAAUCGUCAUCAUCAUCACCAUCAUCUUGCAGCACCAUACCGGCCAUGAUCCUCACAAUUCUCUUUUGUCUUGUGAUAAUCUUCCAAGGACUUGGUUCGAGAAAUAGUUCACCUGUGAUAUUUCCAGGGGCUCCCGAGCCAGCAAUGAUGAACAAAGGCUUGAUUUCUGUCGAAUUUCACAGUAAUGGUUUGUCAAAUUAUGACAGUGUGCCAAAUUCGUAUUCUCCUGUGUCUGCAGAAGAGUUCUCUGGUUUAAAAUUCAGAUCCCAGUAG